UGGGGCUUGGCACUGCCCCGGCCAGGGGGAGAACCGCCGAGCUGGCAGGGCAACCGGGAGCCUCCAGGAGGCUGUGGUGGCGGGUUGCGUCAGAGGGGACAGGUAGCUAGACCGGGCGAGAGGAAGGAGGCGGGUGCCCUGGAGGGGUAGCGGGGGCUGGGGCAGGAGGUUGGUUGCUAGGCUAAGGGUUGAAGUGGAGGGGUAGCUGGGAGCGAGGGGGGCUGGUAGCUAGGCCAGGGGAAGGGCUUGCCCUGGGGGAGUAGCCAGGGCUGGGGGAAGGGGCUGGCAGCUGGCUGGGAGGGAAGAAUGCCCCGGCUGGAGACUGGUGACUGGUCCGGUCAGCAGGAGAUGUUGCCGAGGCUGUGGGGGGAGAAUAAGGAGAUUUUGCUCUGGAGCCUCAAGAGCAAGGGCUCAAGUGAUGAGUUUUGCCAUGGUCCCUCUGGGAUUCGGGGGUAUCUGUCACUCAGUCAGGGCCCUCCUCAGAAAUAAAAAUCAGACUGGAAGAUGGAGAUGUAUGAGACCCUUGGCAAAGUGGGAGAGGGGAGUUAUGGAACAGUAAUGAAGUGCAAACACAAGGAAACAGGACAGAUAGUAGCCAUUAAGAUAUUUUAUGAGAAACCAGAAAAAUCUGUCAACAAAAUUGCUAUGAGAGAAAUAAAGUUUCUAAAGCAAUUUCGCCAUGAAAACCUGGUCAACCUGAUUGAAGUAUUUAGACAGAAAAAAAAAAUUCAUUUGGUGUUUGAAUUUAUUGAUCAUACAAUUUUAGAUGAGCUACAGCAUUACUGUCAUGGAUUGGAUAAUAAAAGACUUAGAAAAUACCUCUUCCAGAUCCUUCGAGCAAUUGAGUAUCUCCACAGCAACAAUGUCAUACAUCGUGAUAUCAAACCUGAGAAUAUCUUAGUUUCACAGACGGGAAUUACUAAACUAUGUGAUUUCGGUUUUGCUCGGACAUUAGCUGCCCCUGGUGAUGUGUAUACAGAUUACGUGGCCACACGAUGGUACAGGGCUCCCGAACUGGUAUUAAAAGACACCACAUAUGGGAAACCUGUGGACAUCUGGGCUUUAGGUUGUAUGAUUAUUGAGAUGGCCACUGGAAAUCCUUAUCUACCCAGCAGCUCUGACCUAGACCUACUCCAUAAAAUUGUGACAAAAGUAGGGCAUUUGACACCUCAUCUUCAGAGUAUUUUUAUAAAGAGUCCAGUUUUUUCAGGGGUGGUCCUUCCAGAAGUCCAGCACCCUAAAAAUGCAAGGAAAAAGUAUCCUAAACUCUGUGCACUACUGGCAGAUAUGGUUCAUGCAUGUCUACAAAUGGAUCCCAGUGAUAGGAUCUCUUCUACAGAUUUGCUGCAGCAUGACUAUUUUACUAGAGAUGGAUUUAUUGAAAAAUUCUUACCAGAAUUGAAGGCUAAAUUAUUUCAGGAAGCAAAGUUAAAUUCUCUUUCAAAACUCAGAGAGAAUAAUAAAGAGAUUGAACUAAUAAAAGAUGAAAAGAGAACUGUUCAGAUUAAUAUCUCUCAGAAUGGUCCAGUGGCUGGGAAGGACAUUGAAAAGGACAAAAAAUCCAAGGACUUAAAAGUAAAAGGUACAAAACUGAAAGGUGGGAAACCAGAGAUUACAGAGAUAAAAAAGAUUGAACAAGAAGAUGCAGUUAGUCAAUGGACUCCCUCCUCACAGAAUCCUCCCAGUUUUCCUCAAGAGAAUAAACCUGCAAUCACUGAUAUAACCACCACUGUAGCUGCUAGCCAUGAUCCCAGCGGUGUGAAGGAAGAUGCUCCACUAAUAGCCGUUUGUAUAACAAUGCCACCCAUCAAUCCAAAUUGUGGGAACCUUACAGCUGCAAAUUUCAAUUCACCUUUCCCACACUCCAAUACAAGGCUACCCGAAAAAGCAAAGAAAAGGAGAAGCCCUUGGCAGUCAGUGGGACAAAUAGGUCCAAACAGACAGGAUGAUGGAACACUGGCUCAAACUCAAACAGAAAAAGUCACAAUGUAUGAACGAGCUGCUCAGAUUGAGCAGACAGCCAACCGAAAGAAACGCAGUAUUUCAAAAUCUGAGAAGAAAGACAUCCAUUUCCCAGAACUGACAACAACAGCACAACAAAAAGAGAUGAAAGGAAUGGAAGUUAAACAGGUAAAAGUGCUGAAGAGAGAGUCAAAGAAAUCUGAAGUAUCUAAAAUACCAUCUUUAUUAAAUGUGGAUCAGAAUCAAGAAAAACAAGAGAAUACUGGAAAUACACCAAAUGAAAAUAAAACCAAUCUGCCAGAUGUGGAAUGAGCAGUUUAGCAGCAUGAAGCUUGAGAGACUGCAGACUCACAGUACAGUAAAAUCUGUGCUUUUCUAUUAACCUUUCAUAAAUGAAGAUAUUUGGAUAUUUCUGCAGAAAAUUUUAUAGACUUCAUAUAAUAUUGUGGUUAUUCUCCAAGAAAUUAUUUUAGAUGCAUUAGUCCUAAAAUGGCUUAUAUAAAUGAAGAUUUCAUUAAACUUUUAUGGAAUAUGAAACACAUAAACUUAUUUUUGAUGGCUAAGUACCAACAUUAAGCUCCUUCCAGUGCUUAUGCAUAAAAUCUGUAUAUUUUACUAGAUGUCCAGCUGAUCUAAAAUUGGCUGAAGAUCAUUAAUUAAUCUAAAAUUUCUAUAAGAGCCUGUUACUAUUUUCUCUGAUAGAUGAUGACCUAAGACUUCUGUAAUAGUAUAUUGGAUAACAAGGGAUCAUGAAAUCGGUUCAGAUAUUUUAGGGUAGCAAGGACCACAUUUUCUGGCUGUUUAAUUUUAGCACCCAUUUUUUCAUAAACAAUUUAUUGUGACUGCAUAUGUGGUUGUGUACCCAUUUUACAUGUGCGGAUUGGGCAUUGACCAUCUACCCUGUUUUUAAACUGUUUUUGUAUGCAAGGCUGAGGUAUGUACAUUUUAGCAUGUACAAAAUUGGGUACAAAAAUCAGAGAUCAGAGAUAAAAACCAGGUCCUUUGUGUUUUCAGAUUUAUCAUUUAGGACAGUAAGCUGCAUACAUCCUUUGCUCAUUAGGGUUCUUUGUACUAUUUCUGUUGUGAUUUCUGAAAAUUAAAGAAACUAAAUCCAGAAAAUUAUUUGUGCUGAAAAUACUCAUGCUCUUUGAGUAAGCAACUGUUAAGAUAACUUACCCUAGGUGUAACACUCAGAUAAAAAUAUUUGGCUCGUAUAAUUCCUGAAUUAGAAUAGUCAGUGCAAUCAUUUUAGUUGAGUUUUUAAUAUUUUAUCAUUUUAAGGGAAACCAAUUGAAGGAUGGAAAACAUUUUCCUUACAUGCACUCUGAACAAAGACUUUGGAAUAGGUGUGAUAUUUAAACAAAAUAUUUUUACAAAAGGUUUCUACAGAACAUUGUUUCACAGCUACAUCUUUUUUUUUUUAUUUAUAAAAGGAUCUGGGAAACAUGUAAUAACAAAGUUGAUGUUAAAAGGGAGAAGGAAUAUAUUUUCUGUAUGUAUGCAGAAUAUAACCAAGUUCUUGCUUCACAGUAUCUGCAGGGAAAUACUACAGUUAACUGUCUGUUCUCUAUUAUUAUUUUUUUAUUCCAUUGAACCAUAAGAGUUCAAUCUAUGUUGAAAUUUGUCUCAGGCAAGAAGGAAUAUUUUAAACUAAAAAAAAAAUUGUUAAAGUGUGUUUGUAAUUCUUAGAAAUAAAAAGGCUUCCUCAGUUUAUAGACUUCUUGUGCUCUGAUAUAUUAUUUCAAAAUCUUUAAUUUAGUUAAAUGGGUUUCACAAGCUGGCAGUCCACAUGUGACUUGGCCAUUGUGGUAUUUAAAAUAACAAAAAUAUAUCAGGCUUCUGAUAGUAAUAGUAAUAUAGUAAUAUUUUACUAUUGUAAUAUUUUAGCCGUUUCUCUAAUUUGCAUGUCUGAAUUAAUUUAACACAUUCAUGGAUUAGACUCAUUAGAGGGAUCAAUAUACAUAUGUAAGAGGAACCUGCAUAAACUACAAGUUUAACAAACAAUAGCACGCAUCUGUGCAAAGGAAAAUGUACUUCAGGAAAAGAGAUGCAUACUAAAGAACAGAGAAAGAAUAUAACAGAUCUUUAAUAGAUACUUUGUAUUCCUUAUUGUUAUUUCCUAUGUUAUUACUCCUGUCUUUAUUGACUAUGGGUCAUAUUCAACAACAAUGCAAACAGUUACACAUCAUGUGCAAGAGGGUGUGACCAUGUGCAAGAGAGUGUGAGAGGUGAGGUAGUGUAAAUUUGAGUGAUUUGGCAUUUAGCAGGGCUAUGUUUACAAAGAAGCAUUUUGGAAUGUUAUUCUGAAAUAACACAGUGCACAUCUACACAAUGAGCCUUUAUUUUGAAAUAAUGUUGAGCUGGAGGACUUCUUAUUCCAACUC